AAAAAGAAAAAAAUACCCUUAACCAGUUCCUAUUUUAACAUUUGCCAUCGCAGCCUCUAUCAUAAGCCGUACUGCGCUGAGCAUGUGUUUCAACUCCUUGGGUUCUCAGCUUAUUUCCCCAGCUCAGUCCUCUAAGUGGGUUGAAAGAUGUGAACCCUUUUGAAGCUUUUCACACACACUAUGAAAGCUGCCUUCUGGAAUCUCUGUACCAAGUUUCCGUUCAUCCAGCAGCUGGCCUCUGCUGCCUGCGUCCUUGCUCCUCACGCCAGGUAAUAAGGAAAUCGUUGGCAAUCUAGAAGUCUUGGUUGUUUUGUGGUGUACUGAUCAGGAGAUCUCCGUCUCGGAGUCUGACAGACCUGGGGUCCUGUCCGGGUUCCGCCAACUCCCCUGGGGCAGUUGUGAGGAUUAAAUUAAGUGAUAAAAACGCUUUACAGUCCCGCGUGAGCCUCAGGUGGCGCUGGCGCGGAGCGCCUCACACAGGCGCAGAGGGGAAGGUCCGAGGCGGUGGUGCAAGGGGUGAAGGCGGAGCCAUACCUUGGGCCUGAGACUUAAAGGGCAAAGAAAGGGCGCCGGGCACUCACCUGGGGCCUGUCCCACUUCCUUUGGUUCUGAGUCCCAAGCCCUUGGAAGUGUUUGCCAGCGGAGGGAAAGGACAUUCCACCCUCCACGACCCCCACCCUGCGUCAGCCCUGCUGUGGGCCCCGCGGUGCGACUAUGCCCCUUUAAGAGCGCCGGGGGUGGGUAGGCCCCAGGUCGCGGCGUGCGCUCAGCCUGCGCCGCAUCCCCUCGCGGAGCUGCUCGGCCAUGGCGCUGCGGGUCGGCCUGACCCUGGCGCUGGGCGCGGGGCUGGGUGCGGCCGCCGAGCACUGGAGGCAGCGACGGGCAGACGCGCAGGCGACGCCGGGGCUGUUGGGGCGGCUGCCCGUGCUGCCCGUGGCUGCGGCGGCCGAGCUGCCUGCCGUGCCCGCUCUGCCCGGGGGACCAGCGGGCCGCGGGCCCGGCGAGCUGGCCAAGUACGGGCUGCCCGGCGUGGCGCAGCUCAAGACCCGAGAUUCGUACGUGCUUUGCUACGACCCGCGCACCCGCGGCGCGCUCUGGGUGGUCGAGCAGCUGCGGCCCGAGCGACUCCGCGGCGACGGCGACCGCCGCUCGUGCGACUUCCGCGAGGAUGACUCGGUGCAUGCAUAUCAUCGCGCUACCAAUGCCGACUACCGCGGCAGCGGCUUCGACCGCGGCCACCUGGCUGCUGCCGCCAACCAUCGAUGGAGCCAGAAGGCCAUGGACGACACCUUCUACCUGAGCAACGUCGCGCCCCAGGUGCCCCACCUCAACCAGAAUGCCUGGAACAACCUGGAGAAGUAUAGCCGCAGCUUGGCCCGCACCUACCAAAACGUCUAUGUCUGCACAGGGCCGCUCUUCCUGCCCAGGACGGAGGCUGAUGGGAAGUCCUAUGUAAAGUACCAGGUAAUUGGCAAGAAUCACGUGGCAGUGCCCACACACUUCUUCAAGGUGCUGAUCCUGGAGUCAGCCGGUGGACAAAUUGAGCUCCGCUCCUACGUGAUGCCGAACGCACCCGUGGAUGAGGCCAUUCCCCUGGAGCGCUUCCUGGUACCCAUUGAGAGCAUUGAGCGGGCCUCAGGGCUGCUCUUUGUGCCAAACAUCCUGGCACGAGCAGGAAACCUUAAGGCCAUUACCGCUGGUAGCAAGUGAGGGCAGCAGCCUAGAGACUGGGGGCCUAGGCCUAGGGCCUGGAUUGCAUUAAAGAAGGUUAUUUUUGGA